CAAGCGGGUUCAUGAAUCCCUGACUUGGGGGUGGGUACAAGAAAUGCUCGAGGCCAGCUCUCACACACCGCCGGAGCGGAUUCAUCGCGUCGAAACACGGAAACGACUUCUCAGCGGCUCGACCGGUGACGGGAGACACGCCGGGCGGAGACACGAGCCGCAGGCCGGGUCCUUUUUAUAUGAACCCAGGCGCCAGAUCAGCAACGAGCACCGCAACGCCAAGCCAAAGGAACGCCGUAGCGCCCAAUCGACAGCACCACGACCAGAAACUAGACGCCGCAGCGCGAGACACAACGCAGACGAGGACACUGCCAGGCAGAAGGACACGGGGGUUUGGUAAACGACCCCCAUUCGUCCGACUGCCGGCGUGCUCGUCUGAGAGCAAACGGAGUCAGGAGUCGACAGGGUCCGCCUCCUGCAUCCAGUGCCAUCCAUCUGUAACUCAUGCGUCCUGCACAUCGAGGGCAGAGACUGGCAAUGAGAUGAGG